AUGCACACCGUUUUUCGCAUUGAUGAAAUUCGAAAACUUGACGAUAAUCGUCCACUUUAUCAAGUGGACCUUAAACUUACAUCUGAUGACGAUCAACAACUUCGCAAAUUAACCGACCAUAUACGACAAGAAACAUCGGGCAGCACUGGAUGGUAUCGAAUGGGUAGAUUGCUGCUCAAAAUAAGUCAAUUUGACAAGGCUGAAGAAUUGUACAUGGCACUACUAGAACAGGCUUCUAACGACAGUGAUAAAGCACAUAUCUAUCAUAUGCUUGGAAUGAUGAAAACUGACAAAGGACAAUAUACAGAAGCAGCUUCAUUUUAUGAAAUGUGUCUCAAAAUUAAACGAAAAACUCUUCCGGAAGAUCAUCCUUCAUUGGUUCCUACAUAUCGCAACAUCCUUGGAGUGUAUAACGACAUCGGUGACUACUCGAAAGCACUUGAAUUUUACGACAAAUCACUUGAAAUAAGAGAAAAACCUCUGUCUCCGAAUCAUACCUCAUUGGCUACUUCCUAUAACAACAUCGGUCUUGUGUAUUACUACAUGGGUGACUACUCGAAAGCACUUGAAUUUUACGAAAAACAUCUCGAAAUUUACCAAAAAGCUCUGCCUCCGAAUCAUCCCUCCUUGGCUACUUCCUACAACAACAUCGGUCUUGUGUAUAAUGACAUGGGUGACUACUCGAAAGCACUUGAAUUUCACGAAAAAGCACAUAAAAUCUACGAAAAAGCUCUGCCUCCGAUUCAUCCCUUGUUGGCUACUUCCUACAACAACAUCGGUGGUGUGUAUAAUGACAUGGGUGACUACUCGAAAGCACUUGAAUUUUGCGACAAAGCACAUAAAAGCAAAGAAAAAGCUCUGCCUUCGAAUCAUCCCAAUUUGGCUACUUCCUACAACAACAUCGGUCAAGUGUAUAACAACAUGGGUGACUAUUCGAAAGCACUUGAAUUUUACGAAAAAGCACAUAAAACCUACGAAAAAGCUCUCCCUCCGAAUCAUCCCGAUUUCGCUCAAUCCUACAACAACAUCGGUCUUGUGUAUUACUACAUGGGUGACUACUCGAAAGCACUUGAAUUUUACGAAAAAUCACUUGAAAUCUACGAAAAAGCUCUCCCUCCGAAUCAUCCCUCAUUGGCUACUUCCUACAACAACAUCGGUCAAGCGUAUAACAAUAUGGGUGACUACUCGAAAACACUUGAAUUUUACGAAAAAUCACUUGAAAUAAGAGAAAAAGCUCUGCCUCCGAAUCAUCCCUCAUUGGCUACUUCCUACAACAACAUCGGUGAAGUGUAUAACAAUAUGGGUGACUACUUGAAAGCACUUGAAUUUUACGAAACAUCACUUGAAAUAAGAGAAAAAGCUCUGCCUCCGAAUCAUCCUGAUUCGGCUCAAUCCUACAAUAACAUCGGUCAAGUGUAUAACAACAUGGGUAACUACUCGAAAGCACUUGAAUUUUGCGAAAAAGCACAUGAAAUCUACGAAAAAGCUCUGCCUCCGAAUCAUCCCUCGUUGGCUACUUCCUACAACAACAUCGGUCAAGUGUAUAAUGACAUGGGUGACUACUCGAAAACACUUGAAUUUUACGAAAAAUCACUUGAAAUAAGAGAAAAAACUCUGCCUCCGAAUCAUCCCUCAUUGGCUACUUCCUACAACAACAUCGGUCAAGUGUAUAAUGACAUGGGUGACUACUUGAAAGCACUUGAAUUUUACGAAAAAUCACUUGAAAUAAGAGAAAAAGCUCUGCCUCCGAAUCAUUCCGAUUUCGCUCAAUCCUACAACAACAUCGGUCUUGUGUAUUACUACAUGGGUGACUACUCGAAAGCACUUGAAUUUUACGAAAAAUCACUUGAAAUAAAAGAGAAAACUCUGCCUCCGAAUCAUCCCUCAUUAGCUAUUUCCUACAACAACAUCGGUGGAGUAUAUAACAACAUGGGGGACUACUCGAAAGCACUUGAAUUUUACGAAAAAUCACUUGAAAUAAGAGAAAAAGCUCUGCUUCUGAAUCAUCCCUCAUUGGCUACUUCCUACAACAACAUCGGUGAAGUGUAUAAUGACAUGGGUGACUACUCGAAAGCACUUGAAUUUUACGAAACAUCACUUGAAAUAAGAGAAAAAGCUCUGCCUCCGAAUCAUCCUGAUUCGGCUCAAUCCUACAAUAACAUCGGUCAAGUGUAUAACAACAUGGGUGACUACUCGAAAGCACUUGAAUUUUACGAAAAAUCACUUGAAAUAAGAGAAAAAACUCUGCCUCCGAAUCAUCUCUCAUUGGCUACUUCCUACAACAACAUCGGUCAAGUGUAUAAUGACAUGGGUGACUACUCGAAAGCGCUUGAAUUUUACGAAAAAUCACAUAAAAUCUACGAAAAAGCUCUGUCUCCGAAUCAUCCUCAUUUGGCUACUUCCUACACUUGCAUCGGUCUUGUGUAUAACAACAUGGGUGACUACUCGAAAGCACUUGAAUUUUAUGAAAAAUCACAUAAAAUCUACGAAAAAGCUCUGCCUCAGAAGCAUCCCUCAUUGGCUACUUCCUACAGCAACAUUGGUAUGGCAUAUUCAGGCAAGGGUGACUACUCAAAAGCACUCUCAUUCUUAGAAACGACACUUGCUAUCCGUGAAAAAUCACUUCCGUCAACACAUCCGCUAAUUAAAGUAACGAAAGAUAACGUUGAUUGCGUUAAAAAGAAAAUGUAA